AUGUCUACAUCUGGCCACUUGAAGCUUACACAUCAAUCUGAUCCAGAUCACACGGCUGAUCAGGCCUUGCCCCAUGCAGAAUACAGCAGAGAAGAAGAUGGUGCUUCUGGAUCAGAUUCACACACUGCAGAUGUUGAGACCAUGUCUCCAUCUGGCCAUCUUGAUCUUCAGUUGGAUCCAGAUGACACAACUGAUCAGGCCUUGCCCUACAGCAGAGAAGAAGAUGGUGCUUCUGGAUCAGAUUCACACACUGCAGAUGUUGAGACCAUGUCUCCAUCUGGCCAUCUUGAUCUUCAAUUGGAUCCAGAUGACACAAUGAUACUACCUUUUGCUGUCAACGGGAGAGAAAAUGAAAGUGAAGUCAGACCAGGUUCAAGCUGCACAAAUCACGAGCCCAUGUCUUCAUCUGAUCACCUUCUGCUUACAUCUGAGCUGCAGUCAAGUGAGAUGGCCCAGCAGUUUGAUUGUGAUUCAUCAUCUGAAAGCAGUGUUUCUGGAGUUGAUUCAGAAAUUCCAGAUCUCCCAGAAGAUGAUCCAUUCAGAGGUUUUGACACAGACAUGGAUUUGGUACUAAUGUCAGCAGGUACAACGACAGAGGCUGAGGCACUGCUCAUGGUGAUGAGUCAUGCAGCAAGGCAUAAUAUAACAGGAACACAACUUGAUGAUUUGUUAAAGCUCAUAAAUACUCUGUUUGGCAAAGAGGUAAUACCCAGAUCAAAAUAUCUGUUCAAUAAGGUCUUUAAAAACAACUCAGACAUAGUGGAGUUCCACUUCCACUGCAAAACCUACUCAAAGGCAAGACCAGCCAUGCAAAACACCACACAGUUCAAUGGAUACUUCGGUUGUGGCUUCUGUUUACAUCCUGGUACUCUAGCAGAGAAACAGGUGAAAUACACUGACUGCCACAGAAUAUCCUGA